UUUUUAUUUGUAUUGUCUUGAACAUUAUUUAGGUGAUAAAUUGCUACAAGUUAUCGACUUUUCCAUCCCCUCAACGCCAACUAUUGAGCCUAUUUACCAAACUUCCAUUCCGGGCGAUGGCAAACACGUUGAAUUGUGCAAUGACUUUGUAGCAGUUGCUAUGGGCAGCGCCAGUAAUUCUGUGUCUCCGGGAACUGUCUCUAUAUUUGGAACUUAUAAAAAUGGUGUUAUAGACAAGUUUCAAGAUAUAAAAGUUGGCGCCGAACCUGGAAUGAUAAAGUUUACUAAUGACUGCCGUACAUUGCUCGUGGCUAACGAAGGAAGUGCCGCUGAAAGUGACGAUGGUACAAAUGUUAUAGAUCCAGAGGGCAGUAUAACAAUUCUCCGUUUUCCUGGGAACGACCUUUCACAGACACCAAAUAAAAUAACGGUCAAUUUCAAUGAAUUCGAUUCAAGGAGUUCUGAAUACGAGUCUAAGGGCGUUCGCAUUCCAUACAAGGGCAGCCUGGGUACGGGUUCGAGUGCCAGCACGUUUUCUCAGAGCAUGGAACCUGAAUACAUAACUCUAAAUUCAGAUGAGAGUCUAGCCUACGUAACACUACAGGAAAACAACGCAAUAGCUGUGGUUAACAUAGGACAAGGAGAGGUUACUGAAAUAUAUCCACUAGGACAGAAGGAUUGGAGCCAACUGUUGUUUGAUUCUAGUGACACGGAUUCAGAGAUAAAUCUUCGGUCAUGGCCUGUUUCUAGCCUGUAUCAACCGGACGUUGUUAUAUAUUUUAAACUCAAUGGAGAAGGAUAUUUGGCCAUGGUUAAUGAAGGAAAAAUGCUAGAUUACGAGACAUCAAAUGGUGAAACCUGGACCGAGUCUGCACGUGGCUCCGAAAUAAUAUCAGAUAAUCUCUUAGCAGACAACGUAUCGUCGAAUCUGCAACAAGCUUUAUCUGAUAACAACAAACUGGGACGUCUCCAAUUUAGCAAGGUCGAUGGACUAAAUGAUUUGGGUAAAAUUGAAAAACUUCAUUUCUAUGGCGGACGAGGUUGGUCGAUCAUGCGAGUCAAGGACAUGAGCCAGGUGUACGAUAGUGGUGAUGAGCUUGAAAGAAAACACGCUGAAUUUUUAGAAACGGUCUUCAAUGCAGAAUCAACACCCGAUUCAGAAAUGCAGACACCUUCACAGCUUAAAGAUCAGAAAUCGGAUGAUUUGGGUCCCGAGUGUGAAUCUCUCGCCAUCGGUGAUGUUGAUGGUAAAAAGUUAUUUUUUAUUGGCGUCGAAGGUCCUUCUAGUAUUGUUACCUACAGCAUGGGUUCCAGUCUUCAACCUCAAUUUGAGUCCAUCUAUAGAGCAGGCGGAGUCAAUGCAAGUUUCAAAUCCAUUUACGAGAGUCGAACUUCUGGUGAUCUAGAACCUGAAGACUUACGAUUCAUUCAGUCUGACGAUAGUCCAACAGGGAAGCCGUUGCUAUUGGUUACUGGAACAGCCAGUGGGACUGUGUCUCUUUAUGAAAUAGUCAACGAAGGAAAUGGAGGUGCAUCUACAACUCAAACGUCUGUAUGGCUGAUAUUCAUGAUAAUGGCUGCAAAUUCCAUAGGCAUACAAAUGCAGCGACUCUGAAAAUGACAAGUGAUAUGUUGUCCAGUCUGCGUUUGAGUACCAACAAACAAUGUCUGCAAUGAACGUUGGUGUGAAACCAAAGAAGUGUACAUCCUUGAAUAUGUCGGGUCACAGCAGUAACAAUAAAACUUGGCGCUCCUACAAACAUUUCUCUCCUGAGUCUGCAUCAAACUUGAUGUGACCAUUUUCUUAAUCACAAACACCACUUGCCAACAAGCUCUGCGACAGGGAAAUAUAUUACCGCAUUUCAUAAUAAUGGAUAAACUUGGCGACACUUAAUCAAAAUCAUAUUAUUUCAAAGUGCUUUGAUAUUUCGUGGUAUUAUCUGUAAUGAGAAACUGUUAUAAACAAACAAAUUUCUCUUGAAAUUAAUAUUUUUAAGCAAUCCUCACAAUAAAAUUAAAACUCGUAAUUUAAUAAAUAGCAACAGUCACAUUUUAAGGAGUUUUUUCACCUACCAGUUUUUUUAAAAUUAUGAUUUUUUUUACGAGUUAAACACGCGUAACACGAGUUGAGUACGAACUUUCUCAGAGCAAAGUACUGUCCCGAUUCAGCUAAGAGUUUUUAUACUACUAGUAGUAUUUCAACUCAUAGCGAGUUGUUAGCCUCUAGAAGUAUUUCAAAAAAACUUAGCGAGAGCUGAUUUUCAGGGGAUUGAUUAGCAUUAAAAUAUUGAGUAAGUGGGGUUUUUCUAUAUAAUUUAUAACUAAAACUUGAAGAGAUAGAAAGAGGGAGGCAAGUAGGCGCAUAAGCUUUGCAAUUUCAUUUUAUUUUUUGUGAACCAAAGAAAGUUGUUAACCGUAGAUUCAGAAUUAUUUUUCUACGAGGCCGUAUCUUGAACAGAGAAAAUGCUGAGAGAAAAUAACAUGACACAAUAGAUAAAAACGAUCAGACAGUAUGAAUAUAUUAAAACCAAAAGGGAGUAAUAUUUGAUAUUAUGAUUAUAUAAAUUGCGUUCAUAUAUUAUAAAAUCGUAACAUUUAUGUUUACUGUGCUUUACAUAAGAUUUAUACCAGAGUGUACCACCAAAAUAUGAAAAAAAAAAUUUUCAGGUACAAUAUAUUAAGAUGAUAAUAAUGUUAGAGAAAAACGCAUUGUCCCCAAUGGGAUUUGAACCCAAGACUUUCGUAUUACAGUCCGGGCACUCUACCUACGGAUGGAGCUAUGAACCCAAGUGGUACACCCUAUGAUUUUCCCAUUAGGACACGUUUUAUCUCAAGGUAUUGCGCAAUACGCAAUAAUUACUGUAUUAUGUAUUGUCAUACCAUGUAAUACAUAUAUUUAAGAUACUAACGUUACGAUAUAAUAUUAACAUGAAGCUGUGAAAUACACUAACCUAUUUCGACAAGUAUAAGAUUAAAACAGAUGUAAAAUUGUAUACAGUACUUUCUCGAUGAUGGUUAUAUUUGUGUCUCGAGAUGUAAUACAUUUGUACAGUGGCGAAUUAAAGAGGGGUAGCUUUCAAGUGGGAAGCU